CUCCUCUUUCUCUCUCUCUCUCGCCCGACCUCGUCUCACCGUCGGGCCACGUGCAUUUAUCUCUGUUUCAGUUCCGUUUUCGCUCUCGGCGACGACGGCUUUGGGGCUGCGUUAAAUGGCGACGGCAGCGGCACAACGGAAUAUUCUCGACCUUCCGUAUGAGGUUCUUGAUCUUAUUUACAAAGAACUUAGAUACCUACGCGAUAGAAUUAAUUUGGCCAGAGCGGACGCGUAUCUGGGCGGGGCUUUCGCCUUUCACAGUCGCGACGAAUUCAAGCAUGUGUACGCCUUUGACCAGUACAUAUCGAGGGACUCGUGGCCCAUGCUGCUGUCGCUGUGCGGCACCACGGUGCGUGAGUACUCGUGUUGCAACAGUCACAAUUGGAGCGACGCUCUGACAAAGUUGGUGGAGCAGCACUGCCCCGAGCUCGAAAUAGUAAAUGUAAAUGUGAACGCUCGCAACUGCAACAGCGUCAGGUCGGUGAUUGAAAACGCCAGGACAACAAUAAAGGAAAUCAAAUUGGAUGCUGAUAAUCGCGUCCCAAAGUGGAUCCCACCAAUGAUGCUCCACGAGUAUCCGGAAAUGCCACUGCUCCGAAAAGGUACCUUUAUUAGGUUUUCCAGCGAGGAACUCUUUCAUAUACAGAAAUUCAGCACAUUAGAGGAGCUGGAACUAGAUCCAGGAAAGUUGGACUGUCGUCCAAUCAAACUAUUCCAAAUUACCGCCAAUCUGAAGAAACUUCGCUCCUUGAAUCUUUACUAUUACAAUAUAGUAGGGCCUGAGGAUACGGAGGCGAGUGCCACCUCGAUGCCAUUUCCCUCCCUAGAAUCACUGAAAAUGAGAAGAUGUGAGAUCUCAAUGGAGAUGCCGCUCUGCCCAAAUAUUACCUCCUUAGACAUUAUCAAUUGUCAGUCGAGCAUCGAGAAUGUGCUCUACAGGUUCAUCCUAAAACAGGGCGACACCUUGGUGAAUCUGAGCAUCGACUGUCGCCCCUCGAUGCUCGAUGGCAAGGAAUUCCUCGAUAUUCUCCGGUGCUGCAAGAGACUGCGCUUAUUUUGUGUGCAGGCACAAAAGGUCAAGUUCACCAGAGAUUUUGUGGCCACCAUGGUGGACAUUCUGUAUGUUAAUGGCGUCACUGCGAAAGAGCCACUGCGCCUAAAGAUCUACGGCAUAUCGAAGGCCGACUGGGCUGCUAAAUGGGUUCCACUAACUGUUAAUCCGAAUUUACUCUCUGUGGAAUAUUGGUUAAAAUGAUCAUAG